AGUCAUAUUUCCCAGGCGCAGUCAUGCCGACACACCAAAAGGCGGGAAUCUGUUUGGUUCCCGAUUGUUUGUCCGCGUAUUAUCCAGGAUCUCGCACACGCUUCCACAAAUUCCCUGUGAAAUUGAAGGAAAGAGGCAAAUGGUUGAGAAGUCUAGGAAUGAAACCGUCAGAUUAUACAAAAAACGGCAUGAUAUGCUACUUGCAUUUUAAAAGUACGGACUACAAAGAGAACAAUAUCAGGAAGAAACUCAAAGACGAUGCAGUGCCUUCUAAAUUAGAUUGUUCAGAUUCGUCCAACUCAGAUAUUGAUCUUUACAGUGAUGCCAUCAAAACAGCUUUGGAAAAAGUCCAACCUGGAUCGUCACUAAGUGACACUUCCGAUGAUGAUCUCAAUUUAUCCAAAAUAAAGAAGAAAAUUAGGAAACCUAAGAAGAAACCUAAAAAAGUAGCCCACACUAUUAUUAAACAUACUAUUGUUAAAAAUGAGAAGGUUACAUUGCAGAAGAAAUUGCAGGAUUCUGAUGUCAAGACAGAUGAAGUAUUAACACAAGUGUGCAGAAUAUGUUUAGCAACAGGCUGCAAAAUGUAUUCAAUGAAAAAGUAUGAUCUCGAACAAAAAUACCUUUUGCUGACCGGAAUCACGUGUGACAUGUUCGACGAUACAAAAAUGCCUCAAGUGGUAUGUUACGAGUGCGUGAAACGCCUUCAAAACUAUGUAGACUUCAGUACUAGGAGUCUUACUGCAUGGACUGUACUGAUGGAGCUUAUUGAACAGAACACACUUACACUGGACACAAUACAGCAAUUAGAUCGCCAAAAAAGUAAUCUAGCAUCAAAAUUGGCGCUCACAGUUAUUGAGUAUGAAGAAAUCGACGACCAGAAGGAUUCAAUCAAUGAUUUUAAUGACACUAGUAAAAACGAUGAUGAUCCGAAAGACGUAGAUUUUAAAUUUAAACCGGAAUUCGAUAUUAAUGUAUCUAUUGAUUAUAACGGUGAGGAAAGUGACCAGUGGGAAGAAGAUAAUGAAGUGACAACGCUAACCGUGGCAAACAGCGAUGAAAAUUCAGAAGAAGAUGUGACAGAAGAAUACUGCACCUUUGGCAAGAAAACAAUAACUCGCGCGCAAUACAAGAAAGAAUUUAAUAAAAUCUUCAUAGAGAAGACCAUGAAUCCGCAAGAACAACGGGAGGAGUUCGAAAACAGAAAGAAUAAUUCUGUUUAUUUGAAUUCAAAGUUCAAAUGCGUGCAGUGUUAUAGAGGUUUUCAGUUGGAAGAUAAAUAUGAUGAUCACAUGAAGAGGCAUACUAAUGAAUGCGGCGAGUUCGUCUGUGACAUAUGUAAGACACACUACCUGAGUCGCAUCGCCAUAGUGAAGCAUAUUAGAGCGAGCCAUGACAAGAUCGCCAAAUGCCGGUUGUGCCCGUUCAUUUCUUCCUGGAAGUCCGCGCAGGCGACACACAAGAUUUCCCAUGAAGGCUUCCGCUUCCGCUGCAGUAGCUGCCCCAAGCACUACUCCAAACACUCGACAUACAUGUACCACGUGCAAAGCUGCCACCCGGAAGAUGCAAUCUGCCACCUUUGCGGCGAGUCGUUCACGGGAAUCCCUCCGCUACAGAAGCACUUGCAGUCCAAGCACUUGGAGGGGGAUUUACAGAUCCAGCCUUCGACAAAAUCAACGCAAUUCGGGCCCGUGAAGAAAAUCAAAACUACCACAAAAUACACCAUAGUGGGCUACGUCACUACGCUGCCCCAAGACAGCCCAGUCUGCGACCAAUGCAACGUGCAGUUCUUAAACAAGCGCGCGCUUGAGCGUCAUCUACGUGUGUCCCCGAGCCAUGGUAAUCCUCCGUCUGACACAUACAAACCCCUAAAGGGAUACACGCCCGGUCGGAAUCGGAAAUGGAGGUACAGGUAUAAAAAACUGGGGCCGGUCACUUGUGAAGAGUGCGGCGACGUGUUCCCGGGCUUCCGUAUGUUCCAACGACACUUCGCGGACCAACACCCGGGCGAGCCGCGCGGCUUCUACCCGGAACGACGCGAGUUUGUGUGCGACCAGUGCGGGAAGAUGUUCUGGAGUCUAUCAGUGCUAAACGACCACAACCAAACGCACUGCGGUCUCGAGCCCUACAAGUGCGACAAGUGCGGCAAGACAUUCUCCAUGAAGAGCACUCUACAUCGACAUUUGAGCACGCACAAGCCGGCGCCGGAAUGUAACCUGUGCGGGAAACAGUUCGCGGCGGUUUAUAACUUGAAGAGGCAUAUACUGAUCCACAUGAACGCCAAGCCGUACGCGUGCGAGCCAUGCAACAAGCGUUUCUGCACUCCUUCAGAGAAGAAAGCGCACAUCGCUCACUGUCACUUGGGAGUUCCGUAUCCGAAGAAACGGCCCAAACAUGAGAGGAUGCUCAGGCCUUACAGACACAGAUUAAUAAAAAUGGAUAUAGACGACUCAAAUUCCACAAUGACAGACCCCAUCGAAGAAGAAUUGAUUCAAAUGCACGAAGAAUAAAGAUUUUGUUGUUUUAGCGACCGCCCGCGACUUCGUACGCGUGGAUCCCGUUUUACCCCCUUAGGGGUGGUUUCGUAAAAUCCGUUCUCAGUGAGCACCUACGUUCUAAAAGGAACCCCCAUGCAAAAUUUGAGACUCCUAGCACUUGUAGUUUCUGAGAUUUCGUGAUGAGUGAGUGAGUCAGUGACUUUUCGCUUUUAUAGAUGUAUAGGAUCAUACAAUUCAACACUUGAUCAUUGAUGUUUAAAAUAGUGCAGUAUUGGUCUAUCAAUUUUUCAACUACAUGUAUUUUCAUUUUUAGAUACUAGUGUUAAGCAAAAGUUUUUGUUGC